UCACAACAGGAUUUAAUUUUCUCUUUCUCAGAAAUUAACCACCAUGGCUUUCGAUCAUCGUCAAAGAAUACUCCAAUCAAAGAAUGUAUGCGUGAUAGGUGCGGGACCGUCGGGGCUGGUGGCGGCGAGAGAGCUGAGAAAAGAGGGUCACAGCGUGGUGGUUUUGGAGCAAAACCACGACGUUGGUGGGCAAUGGUUAUACGAUCCUAACAUUGAGAACGCGGAGCCAUUAGGAAGGAACAAAUUUCUCAAGGUUCACAGCAGUGUUUACGAAUCUUUGAGGCUAGUAUCGCCGAGAGAGAUCAUGGGGUACACUGACUUCCCAUUUGUGGUUAAAAAAGGAAGAGACGUGAGGAGAUUUCCAGGGCACAGGGAGCUAUGGCUGUAUCUAAAUGACUUCUGUGAGUGGUUUGGGUUGAGGGAGAUGAUUAGGUUUAACACUAGGGUUGAGUAUGUGGGAAUGUUGGAUGAUGGAGAGUUGGGUAAGGAUCUGAAAUGGGUUGUGAAAUCCAAAGAGAAGAAGAAUGGUGAUGAGAAAGUUGUGGAAGACGUUUUUGAUGCAGUGGUUGUAGCUACUGGCCAUUAUUCUCAUCCGAGGUUGCCUUCCAUUAACGGAAUGGAUACAUGGAAAAGGAAGCAACUUCAUAGUCACAUUUAUAGAGUUCCCGAGCCAUUUUUUAACGAGAUUGUGGUAGUCAUUGGGAAUUCAUUAAGUGGACAAGACAUAUCAAUGGAGGUUGCAGGAGUGGCAAAAGAAGUUCAUCUUAGUGCAAAAUCCCUUGAUAUUUCUGAGGGUUUAUCUAAAGUUCUAGCUAAACAUAAGAACUUGCAUCUUCAUCCAGUGAUAGACUCACUUAGAGAAGAUGGACGUGUCACAUUUGUCGACGGCUCUUCGGUCAUUGCAGAUACUAUCAUAUACUGCACAGGGUAUUCUUACGCUUUCCCAUUCCUUGACACGAAAGGAAUAGUAGUUGUGGAUGAUGACAGAGUGGGACCUUUGUAUGAGCAUACUUUCCCUCCUUCUCUUGCUCCCUCUCUCUCUUUUGUUGGCAUUCCUCGAAAGUUAAUAGGGCUCCCUUUCUUUGAGUCACAAGCACAAUGGAUAGCUCAGCUUCUGUCUGGGAAAAAAACUUUGCCAUCAUGGGAUGACAUGAUGCUCUCUGUCAAGGAAUUUUAUCACUCAAAGGAUCUCGCUGGCAUUCCCAAACAUUGCACUCACGACAUCGCUAAUUUUGAGUAUUGUGAUAAAUAUGCAGACAAUAUCGGUUUCCCUCACUUAGAAGAAUGGAGAAAAGGGCUUUGCAUAUCAGCCUUGGUAAACGCCGAGGCAAAUCUCGACACAUUUAGAGAUAGUUGGGAUGAUGAUCAUCAACUGCUUCAGGAAGCUCUUCAAAGUCCUCAUUUUACUCAACUUAAUUCAGCUUGAAAUCUCUGCCCAUUUAUUUAUUUAUUUAUGUAUUUUUAGGUAUACUAAGUAUUUGUAUAAGUUAUAGAAUCGCUGAGCUCUUUUGUUUUUAGUGUGAACAGAAUUCGAGGGAAUUGAACA